UGCUUGGUAUCUCAACAGCAUCAAUAUAUAGUAGGGUGGUGGUUAGAUGCUGUUAGAUUUGUAUUUAUGUUACUGCCGCUAACAUUAUUACUGCAUUAUUCCGGCAAAAUGUUAAUACAGUAUUUUUUAGUUGCUUUGUGAUGGUUUUCGUGUGUAGUCCGCUUAUCAUAUGAAAACCGAUAAAAGAUAUUAUACAAUUAGAGCAAUGAUUCAUCCUAAGUCAAUAAACUGUAGGUGAAUAAUGUUAAUACGGCUGUGCCAGCACAGUUUUCAUAUCUAUGACUUGCUCAUACUCAGUGGUGGUCUAAUACUGCUCGUCUACAUUCUGCUUCCUCAUCGAUUUGCACUGCGUUAUGACUACAUCGAUAGGGAGCACAUUGAGGAGGCGUUGCAGCCGGCAACCAUACCAAAUAUCUCAAUGCCGCAGGCAUUCGAUUGCAGCUACAAGGAGGUGAUUGCCGACAGCGCCUUCGUUUACGAUGUGUUCCAUCGCGAACGGAUUCAUCGUGGCGAGGAAAUCCGACUGGGCGGUGAAUACCAACCAGAGGAUUGCAAUGCCCGUUUUAGUACGGCUAUCAUUGUACCGUAUCGGGAUCGACAGGAGCAGUUGGCCGCUUUUCUCAACUACAUGCACAACUAUCUGCGCCUGCAGCUAAUCCAUUAUCGAAUAUUUGUCGUGGAGCAGAGCGAUCGCAAACCCUUCAAUCGCGCCAUGCUCUUCAAUAUUGGCGCCAAGGUGGCGGAGGCAUAUGGCUAUCCCUGCUUGAUACUGCACGACGUGGAUCUAAUGCCACUCAACUCGGGCCAGAUCUAUGUGUGCUCAGCUCUGCCACGGCACAUGAGCUCGGCGCUGGACAGCUGGCGCUUCCAUCUGCCGUAUCGGACACUUUUCGGUGGCGUCGUGGCCAUUAGCACCACACACUUCAAGAUGAUUAACGGCAUGUCGAAUCUAUAUCAUGGCUGGGGUGGCGAGGACGAUGAUUUGUAUGAGCGUCUGAAGAUUGUUGGCAUUGAGAUCUGUCGCUUUGAUCCCGCGUACAGUGAGUACACAAUGCUGAAGCACAAACAUGCAAUACCCAAUGAGAAUCGCAUGGCCCUGCUGCGAUCCGCUUCCCUGCGCAUGCACUCCGACGGUCUCAAUUCGUUGGUCUACAAGGAGGUGGAGCGCCGACUGCACAGCCUCUUCACGCACAUCCUGGUCGAGACCUAGGUGCAUGCACAAAGUAAUCGGCUUUAGCUUUGCCAAGCGCAACUUGUUACUUAGCUUUUAGGGCUUGUUUUACUCUAGAAAUCUCUGUAAGUAAAUGAAUUUCCAAUUGUAUGUACUAUGUACAAAGCACAAUGUUAGCCAGAAUGGAAAGCGCAUUGUUAUAAUGUACAGUAGUCACUAGGGAAUUAAAGCGGUUCUGUUCCAGUGUUUAUAUCAGUAUCCAAAGAAUUGAAAUACCUAAAAGUGAAAUGAAAUAUUGAAUUAUCCAUUGUAUUAAACUAAAUGGUUUCAAUGGACUAAUUCAAUAGAAUUAAUACAAAUAAUUGGCACCAAAUCAAAUAAUCGAAUAUCAUCUGAAUAUGUUUAAGAAAUAAAAUUAAAUGAAAAAUGCGAAUGGCUUUCAUUAUUUCUUGAUUUGCCAGUGACUACUGUUUGGUUGAGAUUUUUGUAGAUUCAAAGUAUGAAAUUAGUUUAGCAUUAAAUUAUAGCCUCAGCGAGAAUAAAUAAAUUAAAUAAAAAGAAAAUGAACGUUGAUCGUUUUAAAUUGA